UGUCCGUUCCUGUGGAUUCGCUGCGAGACGCCUCAGCUGACCCGAGGAACUUCAACAACGAACCCAACUUCUGCCGUCUCGUGAGGGAAGGAGGAGGAGACCCAUGCUGUAAUAUAUCGACACACAUCUGCCGAACGAAACUAGACCAAGAUGGACAAGCUACGGAAGGCCCUAAGUGGGAGAGACAACAGCGAGGAGCAGGAGGAGGAGCGUGGGAACAUUAUCACCCAGACGGAGGACACGCCACUCUUGCGUGUAAUUGACUCAAACAGCCUUAGUUGGAGCACACGUGUUAAAGGGUUUGCAAUAUGCUUUAUCCUUGGUUUUUUGUUCUCUCUCCUUGGCUCUGCGCUGUUCUUCUUGCCCAAGGGAGCUAUCUUGUUUGCAAUUUUUUACACCCUAGGCAACGUCAUGGCACUUUCUAGUACAUGCUUCCUGAUGGGACCAGUAAAUCAAUGCAAGAAGAUGUUUGCCAAAACCAGGAUCAUAGCUACCAUCAUCAUGUUUGUUGCCCUCAUCAUGACUCUGAUUGCUGCAUUUGUGGUCCACAAAAAAGGUCUGGCACUGUUGAUGGUGAUUAUACAGUUCUUAGCAAUGACCUGGUAUUCCCUCUCUUACAUCCCAUAUGCCCGUGACGCUGCCAAGAAGUGUUUUGCUUCCUGUGUCGAUGUCUAAGUGAAUCCGGCUCCUCCCGUGGGGUCAAGGGGUCUCUUAGAAAAACAUAUAUCUGUUUAGAUAUUCUAAACAUUAUAAGAUUUUCACUGCAAAAAAUUUGUUCUUCCAGUGGUCUUGAAGUAAGACAGACUUUAUACAUUUUCUUAAUUGGUUUUGUUAAUUUUUAUUAAUGAUUAACAAUAUUGUUUAAAUCCACUAAAGUAACCACACUGACAUUAGGUGUGAGAAUAUUCACAAUUUUUUUUUUUUAUGUAAUUUAAAAGCAAUCAACUUUUAUCACCAAUUAUGGUGCUCUCUUUUGUUUCAUGGACAACAGAUAACUUUUCCCCAUUUUAAUUGAAAUAAAAACAACUUUUAUUCUUCAGUUCAAGAAUUAUUUGGUAUUAGCAUGAAAAUGAUUUGCAAACAUUGAUGCAGUUUAAUCUUUGACCAUUUAUUUAUUGAAACUUAUUUCUGGAAAAUGCUAUUGAAGCACACACUUGUAGAUAUGCCGUCCUGUAGUGAAAAGUUUUACAAUGCUUUCAUAUCAACUUCCUUACUUAUGUGAAAAACUGUCACAAUGAUAUUAGAUUAGAUAGGAUCUGAAACUGGAGUAGAUAAUUGAUACUUCUGAAGUGAUUUCCCUUUUUUCUUUCUUUCUUUCUUUCUUUUUUUCCCCCAGGAACUAAAUGUAAACAUUUUGAUAGUUUUGUAUGUAAUUCAGAUAGUUUCCAGAUUACUAAUAUGGAUUAUAGUUUGAUUUAAUUGUAUAAUAUAUUUCUGCAAUAGCAAAAUCUUUCUUGUUAAUGGCUAAUGACAAAUACUAUUUAGAUAUUAUCCUCCAUCCAGGGAUAAAUGGCAUUUCCAAUUUUUAUUAAUUGCAGCAGUGCAGUUAAAUACCAUUUAUUAUGGUAAUUAGCUUCAAGUUAGGAAGUAUGCAUAUAUGAAGCAAAAAAGCAUGUGAUUGUGGAACAGGUGUAGAAAAAGACAUAGUAGUGUUGUAGAAGUUUCUAAAUUUUCUAAUAGAUUUACUUGUCUGUCCCAGCUGACUGCAAGCAACAUUUGGUUUAAUGUACUGGAUUAUCUAACAAAGAACAGUGUUAAUGUAUUUUUGUUGUUACUGUUGUGUAUUUAUAAGCAAGCUAAAGAAGCUUACUAAAUAUUUUUACUACUAAUUGUAUGUUACCAUUCUUUCAUAGUAAGCAGAGCUAACAAAAGAGAUAUUUUUACACAUUCACAUACACCCCCCUACUCACACCCACCUACCCGCCCCCACACACACAGAAGCAAACUCGGUGUAGAGUAAAGCAUUAAUUUUUAAGAAUAUUUGUUUUAUGUAGACCUACAUUUUUUUUUAAGCCUCAGUAGAUGCAGAGAAGAGCAUUACCAUUUGAUUAGGCACUGUAUGGUAUCAGAAAAUGGUUAGACAUUUUCUUAACUUAAAAUGCCAGUUUCCAAAAAAAAAUUAUAUCAAAAUUUCAUUGAAUGAGAAAUUUGUGAUUAUUGAAAGUAUUUUGUGAAUGUUAAAAGUAAAUACUUUUCUAUAUGUGCAUGUAAGAGUUUACAUUGCCUACGUAUAAAUGUCAGCUACUAUAUGUCUACUACUAUAUGUGUAUAUAUUUUUGCCUCAUGUUCCUUUGAUUAUGCCAGAGGUACUGUAUCUUAUGGCAUUCCAUAGAUUUAAAGAGAAAUGUGUAUUAUCAUUUAAAAGGUGUAUAAAAAGAAUUGUGAAGAGAAGGUAUUUCCUACUUUAUUUGUAAAAUCCAUAGAAUGUCUUUUUUAGACAUUUUGUAUAGAGGCUGUGUCCUGACAACAGUAAAGAAGAGGUUGAAUUUACAAAAACUGCUAAGAUAUUAAGUAAUACUCUUAUAUAUAUCUCUACACAGAACUUAGGAUUGGUUACUUCAGAAGUUAGGAAGGAUUUAUUAGAUUCAUGAUUUCUCCCUGCAUAUAAGUUUAGAUGAGUUGGAGAGGAGGACUUUCCGUGUGCUGUUCUGUGCCUUCGGGAGGGGCCGCUUAGUACAAAUGGCCUCUGCCUUCACUGUUUCUUCCAUACAUCUUGCUCACUGGAUAUUGACACGUUUAUACUUUACUGCAGGAUGAUAACUUAUUGUUCUUGGUAGUACUUUUAGCAUUAACCAUUAAUAAUGUUUUAUGUCUUGUGAAAUAUAUACCAAAGCAUCUGUGCUUGUAUAUCUUGCAUGGAAUAUGAAUGAUUUGUAAUCAUUUUUAACAUCUAGAAAUUUUUCAGUGACAUUGUUGUUAAAAACAAAUAUGGUAAUUUCAUAAUGUAUAAGAAAGAUGUACAGCCUUUAAUUCAUAUAUAUUUGUACAAUGUCAAAUUUUACAAGUAUGGUUAGACAGGGUACUAAGUUAUUUACCUGUAAUUUAAACUUGUUUCACUUGCAUUCUAAGAGAAUAUCUAAAGAAAUUAUAAAAGGUGUAAUUUUUUUUUUUUUUUAUGUACAAAUAUAUUACUGAAUAUAUGAAAUGUAUUCUUUGCCAAAAAAGGAAUUAUGAUUAUGAUGAAUUGUUGUCUAUAUGAAUGUAAGGAUGUAAAAAUAAGUUCUUUAUUAUUUCCUAUCAUUUCUCUAUCUUUUCCUUUUUCAUUCUUUUAGUGAAAUUUUGGGAAUCUCCACAGAAUAAAGAAAAGAAAUAAUACACAUAAACACUAGGACCUCACUUGAGGAAAGGUUUCAUUAGCAGUACACAAAAUUCACCUCAAAACACAAACCGAAGUCAGAGUCAGUAUAUGAUUAAGUUUUUCUCUGGUCUGAUUUUUAUUAACAGAUGCUAAUAAUUUAUUCUGUUUUAUAAUAAUCAAACAAAAACAAAAAUAUAUACAAUAUGAAUGAAUGAUUAACUCUAACAGUAACACAACUUAUUUACUGGUGUACAGUUGCCAAACAAUAUUUAUCAUUACCUUUGAUAUUGUCAGAAAACUACUCUGACCCUUGGACACAGGUGGUACAAUAUGCUCAAUGUAUGAGGGUUAGGCAAUUUGAGAUGCAAGUAUUUACAAAAACUGUGUGUGCAUGUGCAUGUGCCUGUGUCUGUGUCUGUGUGUGUUUCUGUGUAUAAUUUGUCCAUACACUCAUAUAUAUGUUAUUGAAAAUUUUCCUUUCAUUCUAAACAUAAUUUAACCUUUGUUUUCUACCUUGGUAUCAUCAUUCAAUUCAGCUUUCAAUAACUUUCAUUCUUUUUUUUUUUUAAGUGGCUUAUCAAAUUUUUAUAAAAAAUAAUGAUCAAGAUGGGAUACUGGCCUUUGAAGGAAGAGGCACUGGUUACUGUCAGCAGACUGCAGUAGCUUCAGACCCAUUUUAUCUAAGGCAUUUACAUAGUAAAUGGUUUAAUAAAAUUUUCUUCAAUAUGUCAUUUCAGAUUUUACAUCAGGUAAAUGAAGCUAUUUAAAGGCAACAGUAUCAACUCUGCAUUGCAGGGGGUAAGAGAUAUGAGUGAAAUAAAAGUAGUGGGCACAAAUAUUUAUAUAUUAGUUAUAUUUUAUGUUUCGCAAUGAAAAAUUGAUAUUAAGUUUUGGCACUCGGGCUCACUUUGCUGAUUAUGAAGUUGUAUCAAAGUGAUUAUCGGGCUGUUUAUUACAUGACCUUUACAGUAACCUCAAUAACUAGGAGUAAAAUGUAUAAUUCAUUUUAACAACUAUUAACUCAGAUACGGAGUGCAAGAAAAUAGGGCUGAAUAUGAAUAUAAGAUACAAUUAAAAAAAAUAAUAACAUAGCGUGUUUUUACCAACUAUUUACAUCAAAAAUAUAAGUAUUACAGAAAAGUACCCCAAUCAUGACUUGCAUAGAAAACUGAUUGUCUAUGUAAUUCCUUUUGUAGUUGGGUUAUUUAAUGACCUUGCAUGUGCUUAGCUUCUUAUCAUGGACUUUUCUCAUUUAGUUGAUUAAUGUCUGUUUUAAUUAAUACCAUAAACCUGGUAAUAUUAUUUUAUAUAUCAAAGUUCUUAUUCACUGCACUUGCAGCCAUGUAGGGCAUAGCUUUUCAUAAUGUAUAUUCCAAAUUAAAAGCACAGACUGUGUGAAGUUUAAUUGCAUCUCUGUAAUAUCUGAUAUUUGACUUAUUGUAGAGAUAAACAAAGGUAAAUCUAGUAAGUAAAAUAAAUUGAGUAAGACCAUACUAGAGAGACAUUUUGCAUAUCAAAAAUUUCAUGCACUCAGCAGAAAAAAAUACAUGUAUAUGUAAAACUGUAAACAUUUGGGGUAUAUGUGAGUUUUCAUUUGAAGAGUGAAUGAAACUAGAAACAAAAAAUAUAUUUCAGCAACACUACUUUUUUAUCAACUCAUGAAUAUUCUGUCAUAUUCCAGAACUUCCUUAUGUAGAUGACAUACAUAACAAAAUGAAACAUAAAAAAAUGUAUAUCAUAAGGUAAAAAAAUAAAUUUAGAAGUCCAA